AUGGUGUCCACGCAUGAUGAAGCUCUUGAUCCUGUCGACUAUAAGAUGUCUUCUACCGAAAAGACCAUUGUCCAGCCGUUUGAAUUAGCAGACGACAAAAAGAGUGUCACGGAACUCGAACACGUUGAUAUUACAAACAAACAUGCUUUCAAAGGAGAUGAUUCGGACGGAUCACAACUCCCACUCUACUUCGUCGGCGGUGCAUUGAGCCUGAUAACUGCAGAUAUCAAUGCCACCGAAGGAGAAGCGUGGCUCGGAGUCUCCAACAGCCUUGCAGUGGCGGUAGUUGCUCCAUUCUGUGGAUGCCUCCAAGACCUCUUUGGGAGGCGAAAUGUAGCACUCGCUGGCUGUGUGCUUGUCAUUGUGGGAAGUGUCGUCAUGGGCACGAGGCGAGUUCUUCAGAUCCACAUCGAAGAUGCUAUUCUGGACAGAGCUUGGGCAUGCACUUGGAGGUGGUGCAUGUGGAUCUCCUGUAUCUGGGUCAGAAGUGCAACUGUGUCACUUCUCUUUUUCUACUUUCCACAUACCCACAACCGUGCUGAAGGUGUUUCCACCAAGACACUCAGUGCCUUUACAGGCGCUCUUGCUGUGAACAAUCCCACCAACCCGAAGCUCGUCACAGCGCUUUUGAGCGUGGCAUCAUUUGGUAUAGGAGGUGUCUUAGUGCCGACCGCAACGGUGGCCAUCACUGCUACACCCGACACCAUCAUUGGAACGACGGCCGCGUUGUCUCUCUGUGUUCGGCUUGGUGGAGGAGCAAUCGCCUAUUCCAUCUAUUACAACAUCCUUGCCGAUAAACUCCAAGCCAAGUGA